AACUAAAUAGAGAACCUUGUGCUUGCUCUUUAACCUGGAAAAAAUUAGCGCUCUAUAUAUUGGCACAUUUUGCCCGAGAAUAGCACUUUUAGUUUCAGUGUGGUUGAGCAAAGGUGCACUAGAGCAGCAAACAUGCCGAUCAAUGCUGAACAUAUCGGAAUCACCGGCGUCGCCGGCCGCUUCCCCAACUGCGCCAACGUGGAGGAGCUCAAAGACGCCCUCCUCGGCGGCGUGGACCUCCUCUCCAACAGCCACGACCGCUGGUCCUGCGAGAGCUUGGAAACCUCCUCCCGUCUCGGCAUAAUCCACGACUUCGAAUACUUCGACGCCGCUUUCUUCGGCAUCAACCCCAGGGAGGCCAACACGAGCGACCCCCGUCUCCGCAAAAUCCUGGAGGUCACCUACGAGGCGGUGCUGGACGCUGGCAUGAACCCCACGGACCUCCGUGGCAAAAACGUGGGCGUUUUCCUCGCAGUCACCCAGAACGACAUCUCCGACUUGAACUACCGUGGCGGGAUCAUCGCCAGGUCGGCUGCCAUCAUGGCCAACGUCGUUUCGUUCUCCUUUGACUUCAAGGGCCCGAGUCUGGCUGUGAACACGGCGUGUUCGAGCGGGUUUUACGCACUGACCACUGCCGUAGAUUGCAUUCUGGCCGAUAGGUGCGAUAUGGCCAUUGUUGGGGCUGUCCAGCACCAGUUCGACCCGGCUGAGAGCAUGGAGCUGAUCAAGCUGGGGGUGCUGCACAAGGAGGGAGUUUGCAGGUCGUUUGAUGCCAAUAGGAAGGGUUAUGUCAAGUCGGAGGCGAUUGCUGCUCUAGUUUUGCAAAAGAUCGAUGAUAGUAAAAGGAUGUAUGCGACUCUGGCUGGGUUCGGGUGCAAUGUGGAAGGGUUUAAAAGAGACGGGAUGGCACACCCUUCACAUAAGAUGCAAAUGGCGAUGUUCCAGCAAGUUUUUAAGCAUUUUAAUCUUGAUCCCUUGGAUGUGAACUACGUGGAGACGCAUUGCACGGGAACUAGGGUUGGGGAUGUGGAAGAAGUGGCGGCGAUUGAUGCGUUUUAUACCAAAGGGCGCAAAACGCCAGUGUUGAUUGGCUCCAUUAAGAGUAAUAUUGGACAUACGGAGACCACGUCAGGGUUGGUGUCCUUGACUAAGGUUGUGAUUGCCAUCAGGGAAGGGGUGAUUCCCGGGAAUUUGCACUUUAAAACGCCCGAUCCAGAAAUGAAGGGCAUUUGUGAAGGGAGGUUAAAGGUAAUUGACAAAAACAUGCCAAUCCCCGAAGGCCUCAUCUCCGUCAACGUCUUCGGUUUCGGCGGCGCCAACGCCAUGGUGGUCCUGCGCCCCUUCAAAGACCGCAAACAAGUCAUAAACAGCCUCAGCCACCGCCUGGUGCACGUCUCAGGCCGCUCAGAAGAAGGCGUCAAAGUGAUGCUAGACGCUGCCAUUAAACACAAAGCCAAUGCACAAUUCCUUUCCCUUCUGGACAACAUCUUCCACAAACCCAUUGACAACCACAACUACCGUGGCUAUGCAAUUUUAUCCAACGAUAGUCACAUGCAAGUCACCCAAACCUCGACCAGGAAACGUCCAGUCUGGUUCGUCUAUUCUGGCUUUGGGGCCCAGUAUCCAGGCAUGGGCAAGGAUAUGAUGAAAAACGAGGUGUUUAGAAACACCAUUAAAGUGUGUGCUAAUGCUUUGAAACCACAUGGUGUGGACUUGGAGGACGUUAUCAUGAAUGGGACCGAUGAUACGUUCAAUAAUUUGAUCAAUACUUUCACUGCAAUCACUGCGAUCUCUGUGGCUUUGACUGAUGUUUUGGCCAGUUUGAAUAUCACGCCGGCUGGGAUUAUCGGACACUCGUUGGGGGAAGUUGCUUGUGCCUACGCCGAUGGUUUGAUCACCGCCGAACAAGCCGUCUUGAUCGCCCAUGCCCGAAGUUACGCCACAACUUCGUCCAACUUAAUCCCUGGUGCCAUGGCAGCUGUCGGCCUCUCUGCCGAAGAAUGCGCCAAACUCCUCCCUGAAGGAGUUUACAUCGCUUGUGACAACUCCGACGACAACGUCACAGUCUCUGGGCCUGACUUCGCAGUCAAAGACUUUUUGAACCAGCUCGACGUCCGUGGCGUUUUCAACCGACUGAUCAGCAACGCCAACUACCCUCUCCACAGCCCCCACCUCGAGCCAGCCGGCCAAAAAAUGUACAGUUCCGUGAAGAAAGUCCUCCCGGAAGUCAAAGCCCGGACUUCACGGUGGCUGCCUUCGGCGGUUCCGGAAAGCGAAUGGAACACAGAUUUGGGGAAAUACAAUUCGGCCGAAUACCAGUUCCACAAUUACACCAACCGGGUUUAUUUCAGACAGUUGUUGAAGCAUGUGCCUAAGGAUGCCAUUGUGGUGGAGGUUGCACCUAGAGGUCUCCUUCAGGCGAUUUUGCGCCGCGGGCUUGAUAAGAACGUGACGCUUGUUCCUUUGCUUAAGCCAGGUGUGGAUAAUGUUGAUUUCUUCUUGUCGAGUGUUGGGAAGUACUAUAAUGCUGGAGGGCCGCUGGAUGUGACACAGUUGUACAAGCCAGCACAGUUCCCUGUCAGUAUUGACACGCCGAUGAUCAAUAAUUUGGUCAGGUGGGACCAUAGGGUGAAGUGGCACAAGUUGAGGUUCAAUCCGAGGAGUUACUUCGGGAAGAGGAUUGAUAUUGAUAUGACGGACCAAAGCAACCAUUAUCUGGAGGGACAUAUUGCCGAUGGGAGAAUGAUGUUACCAGCGGCUGGGUAUAUUGUUCUAGUCUGGCAAACCUACGCCCGCAUGUUGGAAAUCCCCUUCGACUCCUUGCCUGUGGUCUUCGAAAACGCCAAAACCCUUCGUCCCGUCAUCCUCGCCGAGAACGCCAUCACAAGCGUCGUCGUCAACCUGUUCCGCUCGACCGGCAAAUUCGAAAUUUGCCUUGAAAACGACGAAGACCACCCUCUGGCCAUCGGCCAGAUCCGCGCAGCGGCCGACACCAUCGACGAGGAGUUCCUGGACUACUCCUCCCUGCCACGGCCAAGCCAAUACAAGCUGAAAAUCAGCAGCGAAGACUUCUACAACUGCAUGCAUUUGCGUGGCUUCGACUACGACGGCCUGUUCCAGGGCGUGCAAAGCUGUGAUCUCGACGGCCGUUCAGCCACUUUGAAAUGGAACGACAACUGGGUGGCGUUCAUUGACAGCAUGACCCAGUUUAUCCUAAGUAUUGAAGCCACAGGGCACAGUCUCCCAACAGUGUACGAAAAAAUCGUAAUCAACCCACAAGAGCACCUGAAAUCGAUCAGCGCCAACCAGACUGUGACGCUCAACUACAACAAGCAUUUGAAAGCUGCCAAGUGUGGUGGUGUUGAACUGAGGAGUCUAACUGUGACCAAUGUGAAGAGACGAGUGGCUGAUGUGGAACCGUGCUUGCGGAAAUACACUUUUGUGCCGAAUAACGACACCAAGAAAGAGGCAGAUUCGUUCCACCACGCCCUAGAUGUUGCCUCCCAAAUUGUAAUAGAAAACACCACCGAAUAUUUGAACAUUAACAUUGGAGAAAUCAAAUCAGACGCUGCUAUACAAAUUCUCCGAACGAUGAUUGAACCCGUCAACUUGAAAAAAACCACCUUCCACCAACUCAACUCAAUUGACGACAACAUGGAGGCGAAGUACGACAUGCUAAUCGCCCAGGAAAUCACAAAGGAUCAGAGUGACCUCCUCAAGGACUAUCUGAGGCGUUCGCGUUUUGUUUUCGCCAAAGUGCAAAACACUGACUUGAAGGACGUCGACUUGAUUUACCAACACGUCACAAAAACUGGUAUUUAUGUUUUACUGAGACGUCCCCAAGACUUGCCUGAAAAUUACACGGUUGUGAUGGCAAACAACAACAACUACAAUUGGGUCAAAGACUUGAAAAUGGCAGUGAAAAAAUACCGUUCCUCCCAAUCCCGCAUUUAUUUAAUCAACGAAGACUUCAAUUCGGGAAUAGUUGGUUGGUUUAAUACAAUAAGACACGAACAGUACUGUCCCAACAUUCGUUUGUUCCUCAUCAGGAGCUACAAAGAGGUGGAACCGUUCGCCCUCACCUCAAAAUUCUACUCCCGGCAGUUGAAGAAGGACCUCACGGUGAAUGUGUACCAGGACGGGGCUUGGGGGACGUACCGCCGGUUGCCCCUGGAGCCGUUCCAGCCCCGGCUGUACGCCGAUGCCUGUCUUAUGAAGGAUAACAGUGGGGUUAAGUGGGUGGAGAAGUCGCCGUAUGUCACCAAGUGCGAGAUUAUGGUGCAUUUUGCGAGUCUGAGUAGUUGGGAUUUGGCGAAAAUCACAGGGAAGGGCGGGGAUGCCGAGUAUGAGUUGCUGGGGUUGGAGUAUUCGGGGGUUGAUAAGAAUGGGAAUAAUAUGAUGGGGUUGGUGCCUAAAGGGGCGCUUGCCACGUCGGUGCAACCGCACGAGAAGCUGACGUGGACGUUCUCGAAUAAGUUGUCGGCGGAGGAGGCGGCCACGAUUCCUCUGGCUUAUACUUUGAGUUACUACGCCCUGUUUGUGCAAACCCACCUCUCCCCCAAGGACUCAAUCCUCAUCCACAACUCCGGCACUGACGUCAGCAUGGCCGCUAUCGCCCUCGCCACCAACAAAAACUGCACCGUUUACAUCGUCAUCAACUCCUCCAACCGGGACGUGUUACGCAAAUUCCCCAAAAUCCAGGAAAACAACAUCAUCUACGACAGCGAAGGCAGUCCCUUCUACGAAACCCUCAUGACCAAAACGAACGGCAAAGGCGUCAACACAAUCUUCAACUGCAACUCAAUCGAACUCCUCAAACUCUCCAAAAAAUGCAUCGCCAAAAACGGCCGCUUCAUCGAGUUCGGCAACAGCUUAGGCACGUUCUUGGAAACUGAAAGUUUGAUGGAAAACAACUGUUCCCUGUACAACAUCAAUGUGAACGACGUCUUCGACGAAACCCCCGAGAUCCUCGACAUCAUAGCCAAGGAUAUUGAUAGAUAUGUCAAAGAGGGCGUGGUUGUGCCGCUCAAAUACUCGGUGUAUGGCAAGGAUGACAUCGAGAUCGCGUUGAAGAACCUGGAGGAUAAGGACUACGUGAAGAAGUGUUUGAUCAAGAUUAAGGACAACGGUGGGUUCUUCUCCAAGCCGGAGAACCGCAUCCUGGCGUUCCCGCGCACUUACAUGGACCCCAGCAAGUGCUACAUCGUGAUCGGGGGCUUGGGUGGGUUCGGUUUCGAGUUGACCAAGUGGCUGAUUGAACGUGGUGCCAGCAAGAUCGUGAUCAACUCGCGCCGGGAGGUGCGCUCCGGUUACCACGCCAGUUGCCUGCAGAAGUGGAACAACCAGAAGAUCACAGUCUUGACCAACACCUCCGACACUGCGACGCUCGAAGGCGCCGAAUCCUUAAUCAACUUCGCCACGAACUUGGCACCUGUCGGUGGCAUCUUCAACGCCGCGCUGCACGUGAAGGACGGCUUCAUGACCGACUUGGGGCCCGAGGAUUUCGCAGCGGUGGCCGGAUCCAAGAUUUUCAGUGCCCAGAACAUGGAUAUCCUGUCACGGAAACUGUGCAAGAAACUCGACUAUUUCCUCAUGUUCUCUUCCAUUGCGUCGAGUAUUGGAAACGCGGUACAAUCCAAUUACGCGUUCGUCAACUCGGCGGUUGAGCGUCUCUGUGAGACGCGCAAGGCUGAGGGGCUGCCGGCGCUGGCGUUGGAAUGGGGGCCGUUGGCCGAUGUUGGUAUUUUGGUGCGCUUGAAAAUGACGAACCCGAUUCUGGAGACUGUGAGGCAGAAGUUGAGUUCGUGUCUGAGGGUUGUUGACCAGUAUAUGCAGCAAAGUGAGCCGGUUGUCACCAGUUGUGCGUAUCCAGAUCAGUCGGGGGAAGUUAGCGAGAAGAAGACGCUGGCGGAGUUGGUUGCUGGCUUGUUUGGGAUCAAGAAUUUGGAGGAGAUUGAAGAUAAUACGACUUUGUUGGAGUUGGGAAUGGAUUCGUUGCUUGGGUUUGAAGUCAAGCAUAUUAUUACCAAAGAGUCGGGCUUGGAUGUUAGUGUGAACGAUAUACGAAAUAUGACCUUCGAGAAGAUUAAGGAAAUGUCGGCACCUGCUUAAGUGGGGUGGGGAUGGGGUUGGUUAUUGGUUGUAUGUUAUAUACAAUUACUGAUUAUUAAACAAUCUCAUGCACAAACAA